GCGGAGUCAGACUGAGAAUAGAUAACUCAUGUCCGCAGACUCCCAUAACAGUUCAUCAGAUGUUCAAGGAGAGCCUAGAAAAAUAUGGAUCCCUUAAUGCUUUGGCCAGCAAAAAGAAUGGAAACUGGGAGAAGAUAACCUUUUCAGAGUAUUAUUACCUCUCCAGGAAAGCAGCCAAGAGCUUCUUGAAGAGGAAUUGUCACAGGAAUAUAUACAACGAAUUCUCCAGAGGCCUGCCACUACAUUGCUCAUGACAGCAAAACCAAUGUCAUGGUUGUGGAAAAUCAGAAACAAUUGGACAAAAUAAUGCAGAUCUGGAAUCGCUUGCCACACUUGAAAGCCAUUGUGCUAUAUAAGGACUCCAUUCCAGAGAGACAUGCAAAUUUGUAUACGAUGGAAGAGUUUCUGGAGUUGGGAGGUGACAUAUCUGAUACUACUUUGGAUGAUAUUAUUAACUCCCAAAAGCCGAAUCAAUGCUGCGUGCUAAUAUACACAUCUGGAACAACUGGGAAGCCAAAAGGAGCCAUGCUGAGUCAUGACAAUAUAACUUGGACGUCCGCACAUUGCAGCAGAGCAGGAGAUAUGCAACCUGCAGAGGUCCAACAAGAGUCUAUAGUCAGUUACCUCCCACUCAGCCACAUAGCUGCGCAGAUAUAUGACCUGUGGACGGGAAUCAAAUGGGGAGAGCAAGUGUACUUUGCUGAGCCAGAUGCUCUAAAGGGCAGCUUGAUCAACACGCUAAAAGAAGUGCAGCCAACAUCUCACAUGGGAGUUCCCCGAGUAUGGGAGAAGAUCAUGGAGAAAUUAAAGGAUGCUUCUGCUCAAUCAGGAUUUAUGAAGAAGAAAAUGCUGUCAUGGGCUAUGUCACUUAGCUUAGAGAGAAACCUAAACUGCUCAAGCAGCAGUGAUUUUAAGCGAUUCUGGACAAGAUUAGCAGACUACUUGGUGCUUGCAAAAAUACGCGAUGCACUGGGUUUUUCUUGCUGUCAGAAGCACUUUUCUGGUGCGGCUCCUCUCAAUACAGAAACACUGUAUUUCUUCUUGGGUCUGAACAUCACCCUGUAUGAGGCCUAUGGGAUGAGUGAGACCACAGGUCCACACUGCCUGUCUGGGCCUUAUAUUUACAGGCAGCACAGCUGUGGUAAACCAGUACCUGGCUGCAGAGUGAAAUUGGUGGACAAAGAUACAGAAGGGAAUGGAGAAAUCUGUUUCUGGGGAAGGACUGUUUUCAUGGGUUAUUUGAAUAUGGAAGACAAAACAAAAGAAGCCUUUGAUGAGGAUGGGUGGCUGCAUUCUGGAGAUCUAGGAAAACUAGACAAGGAUGGGUUUCUUUAUGUCACUGGAAGAAUUAAAGAUUUGAUUAUUACAGCUGGAGGUGAAAAUGUGCCUCCAAUUCCAAUUGAAGAUGCUGUUAAAAAAGAACUCCCAAUUGUUAGUAAUGCUAUGGUGAUUGGAGAUAAAAAGAAGUUCUUGUCAAUGUUGCUGACCCUAAAGAGUGUGCUGGACCCAGAUACAUCUGAUCCCACUGACAUUCUCACCGAGCAAGCUAGAGACUUCUGCCAGAAGACUGGUAGUAGAGCAACUAAAGUAUCAGAGAUUGUAGCUACAAGAGACCAGGCGAUCUACCAGGCCAUUCAGGAGGGUAUCAACAAAGUGAACAUGAAUGCUACUAAUAGGGUUCAUUGUAUUCAAAAAUGGACAGUCCUGCCAAGAGAUUUUUCCAUUUCUGGGGGAGAACUAGGUCCGACAAUGAAGUUAAAACGGCUCACCGUGCUUGAGAAAUACAGAAAUGAAGUAGACUCCUUCUAUGAAGAAUAAGUCUUUCAUACAAGUAUUAAGAAAGAUCUGUGAGCUAAAGAAAGUAUUUCCUACUCAAAAGCAUUAAUGAAGAUUUACGCUUGUUUUGGUUUUUAGUCUAUUGAACUGAACUGCUAGAAAACUGCUGUCAAUUCAGUUGUUCCUGACACUCACUUUAUAGUUUGUUCUCUUUUUACAGAAGCAUCUAUACAGUGUGUCCAUUUUCUAAUACUGCUUUUACUUUAUGACCUAAAUGAUUAAGAUUAA